AUGCCACUUCAAGAUAUGUUGGAAAGCCCUGAAACCCCGUCACCGGUCCUGGCCAAAGAGGAAGAGCACCCAUGCACCGAGUGUGGCAAGCAACGCUCGCGCAGAGGAUCCGUUGCCUCUUCCCCAAGACACGCCAACGCUGGACGUACGUACUUCCCUUGUACGAAUUCUCGAUGCCGAAAGGGCAGUGCCAGGUUGAUGCAGCGGGACUUCGUCACCUGGGACGCCCACGGAGAGAAUCCAAAGUGUGACUGCGGGCUCCCGAGCAGGCAGGGCAGAUUGGGAUUGGACGAUCCGAAGCCUGGAUAUGGAUUUUGGGAAUGCGCUUUUGGAAGCUGCAAGUACCGUUCGAGGGACCGGAAGGGGCGGUCGAUUGAGAACGGCGAGGUCAGUGCUGAUCAGGUGCAGCCUUUUAUCCCUUGGUUGGUGUAUAGCGAUGUAAAAUAG